AUGUUCUCUAUCUUGAUUAUAUUGUUUAAAGUAUAUAUUACAGUGCUGACUGAGUUCAUUCUGACUGGAGUCUCAAGGCGGCCUGAGCUGCAGCUUCCCCUCUUUGGGGUCUUCCUCAUCAUCUACACAGUCACAGUGGUGGGCAACCUGGGCAUGAUCAUUCUGACCAAGCUGGACUCCUGCCUGCACACACCUAUGUAUUUUUUUAUCAGACAUCUGGCUUUCAUUGACCUUGGCAAUUCCACUGCCAUAUGUCCAAAGAUGCUCGUAAAUUUUGUUGUGGAUCAAAAUACCAUUUCCUUUUAUGCAUGUGCCACUCAGAUGGCUUGCUUUAUUAUGUUCAUCAUCAGUGAACUUUCCAUUUUGUCUGUCAUGGCCUAUGACCGCUAUGUGGCCAUCUGCAACCCUCUGCUCUACAAUGUCAUCAUGUCUCAGAGACUCUGCCAUGUGCUGGUGGGCAUUCCAUACCUCUACAGCACCUUUCAGGCUCUCUUGUUCCCUAUGAAGUAUUUCACAUCAAUCUUCUGUGGCUCUAAGGUCAUUAGUCAUUUCUACUGUGAUGUUGUUCCCUUGUUACCUAUGAUCUGCUCAGAUGCACAAGAAACAGAAUUGCUAACAGUCCUAUUUUCAGCAUUUAAUUUGAUCUCCUCCCUCCUGGUAGUCCUGGUAUCCUACAUUCUGAUUCUGCUUGCCAUAUGUCGAAUGCAUGGUGCAGAAGGCAGGAAAAAGGCUUUCUCCACAUGUGGGUCUCAUCUGACAGGGGUGGUGGUGUUCUAUGGGUCUCUACUUUUUAUGUAUGUGCAGCCUAAAUCCACCCACUCCUAUGAAACUGAUAAGCUGGCCUCUGUAUUUUACACAUUAGUGACCCCCAUGCUUAACCCCUUAAUCUAUAGCCUAAGGAAUAAAGAGGUGAAAAAUGCCUUCCACAGGGUCCUUAAAAAUCACUGCAAGGUUUGUAUUUAA